AUGGAUCCCAUUUAUUUAGUUGUUGUUAUCUGCUUGGUUAUCGAAUUCACCGACGUCAACGGCAGGACAUCCGAAGAUGUUGCUCUGGACAUGGAGACACGAGACUUGGGUCUAGCUCAGGUCAUGACAGCGCGGAUGGAUACAACAGUCGAACCCUGUGUAGAUUUCUACCAGUUUACAUGUGGUAACUGGAUUGAGUCACAUGAUAUACCUGCAAGCCAAUCCAGAUUCGACAUGUUUAAGCAGUUGAAGUUGAACGUCAGUAAAACGAUAAUGGAUAGUGUAGAAAAAACAAUCACAGAUAACGAUAUAAAACCAAUUGUGGACGCCAAAAAUUACUAUCAAUCAUGUAUUGACCUUGACGGAAUAGACAACGUCGGUAAGGCUCCAUUGACAAGAUUGCUGGAGUCUCUUGGUGGAUGGCCGGUGCUGGGCGACAACCCUGGUGGUAGAUGGAAUGCCUCCCACUAUAAACUAGAAUCUCUGUUGUCUCUGAUGUUACGAGAAAUUGGCAAUAGCUUACUAUUUUCUACCCAUGUCAGUACCGAAACCAUGCAGCCAUCAAGGCGCGUAAUUCAGUUUCUCAAAGCAUAUUUUGAUUUUAUGCACAAUGUAUCACUUACGAUGGGAGCCGACGAAAAUGAAGCUGACAUGCAACUGCGAGAACUUAUUGAAUUUGAAAUAGCGUUAGUUAACUUUACUACGCCCGACGAAGAUUUACAUGUCGUGAGAGGAAUGACUUUACUUGAGCUUCAAGAAAAAAUACCAGAGUUUGAUUGGAAAGAAUACCUGAAUGGCACCCAAUUUGUUAUAGUGAACGAUACGGAAAAAGUGAAUGUAUACGACUUGCAUUACCUGGAGAAAGCCAUGCGAUUUGCCCUAAACACUGAUGCCAGGACUGUUUCAAACUAUCUUGUAUGGGGAGCUGUGUCCGAAGUUAUAACAAAACUCAGCUCAGAAUUCAGAUACAUGGCUGAAGAAUACUCAUCUGUUAUGUUUGGACGCAAACUAGAGUUAGAACGAUGCGAGGCAUGUGUGAACCACAUUAGCUAUACCAUGCAAUUCGCCAUAGCUCGGAUAUUUGUAGAUGAGCGUUUUGAUGACGAGAGCAAGGCAAAUGGUGGCUCUGUUUGCCUGCCUAUAACAGACAAAAAUGCGCUUCUCACUGCCCUAGACACCUUGGUGCGGUUGAAGUACAUUUGUACUAGCUUAGAGUUCGGACAGAACAUAGAAUCUAUUCCUGAUGGUCCACUAAGCUCGAAGGGGGGUGUCAUAAUGCCGUUAGAACCAACAACAAGUCCCAGUCAGGAGGAUUUGCUAGGCUCUUGGCGUGUGGCCUCUUCGAGUGGAAAGACUUAA